CCCGCAUGCUGGAUUCUUAAAUUUGGCAUUCCUCAGUUUGAAGGAUAUGUCUCCAUCUGUUGACACCUUUUUCUGUUAUUUGUUUGUAAUUUAAAAAUCUAUUAUUUAGAUUCUUCCCAUGUGGUUCCUCCAACAUAAGUUUGGACUCAAUUGUUUUUAAUGAAGUUCUUCCAUCAUUUAUGACUCAUCAGGAUUGCAGCUCCAAUCCUCAAGUUCUCAUGACUGUUCCACAAUCUCUAUGUCUGAUCCAGCUUUAUCAGUUUCAACUGAUAGAAGUGAAUCUUCUGCCAAGAAAAAUGAGCACCAAAUCCCACUUCGAGAUGUAAAUAGGCAAUUUAAGAAAGUCAACCAUGGAAGUAAAUCUCCAGCAAAGGUAAACGAAAAUCAAAUUAUUGAUGGAGUAUUCAAUAAACAUCACAAGGAAGUCGUCAAAUCAGAUAUCUUAUCAUCGGUUGUUCAUCGCUCCCCUCGGCUUAAGGAACUAGCAAAACCAGAUCUUUUAUCACUGGUUGCUCGUCAGUCCCCUCGGCUUAAGGUCAAGAAAUGAAGCUAGAGUGGAGGCUGCUUUGUUGCAUCAAAUUUCCGAUUUUGUGCUGGUUUUAAGGUAUGAGCUGAUGUUCAACUUUUGACUAGCUUGUGAUGCAGUAACAUGAAGGGUGUGGAAACUGUCCACAUAUGUAUCAUAGAAAUUAGUCAGAACCGAUUGAAGUGCGUUUUGAAACACAUCCCGUAUGACAUUACUAUGUUUGUAUCA